AAAAUGGCGUUUACCAUUUUUACUAUUAAAAAAACAAAAAACAAAAAAAAGAUCUUUGCUGUGUCUCCCCUGGUUGUCACCGGGUGUGUUUUGUCAUUUUCAUUGUGGGAAUUAACUUACUUAAAACCACCAGAUAAAAAUAGUGCCACGUUCACCAUGCUUUCUAGGGGAGGGCAGUACUUGCUUAUCAGAAUUCUUUCAGGUUUAAUGCCUGACUAAAAAUUGGUGUUUAUCUUUUGUUCUUUUAAAUGCCCCUGAAAUGUAUGCUGUUGUAUUCGCGUCUUUAUUUUAUGCUUCUUGCAAGCAAUGUUAGUCUUUUUCUAUAUGGUUAGACUUAAUGCCUGCAAGUUUUGCUUGGGAAUGUUUUAUGUGAUGAGAUUAUAAGGCUUGACAAAACGUGUGUAGAAAAUGAUGUUGCAGUGUCAGUCAGGAUUUGAAAGGAUUCCCCCCUUGGAAGUCAGUGGAGGUGAAAAAGAACAAUUCCACCACAUUUUAUUUGACAGUUUGUGUUAGUAGUGAGUUUAAGUAUUUUGAUAUAUUUUUAGUGUUAGCGUGUUUCCUCGUGUGUGUUUUUCGUCGCCAGUAUUUCAUCUGCUCAAAUUGGACUACAGUAUACUGAAUUUCUCAGGAUUAUUCAAUUACAUUCGACAUAGUGGGUGGUUUUGAGAGUGAUAGAUCUUGACGGAUAUGCACAUGUAGCUGAAAGGAUGAUCACCUUGUUUUCUUCAUCUGUUUAUUUUUAAAAUUUUGGCUAUUUAAAAGUGAAAAAUAAAGAUUUAUUGGAACAAAAUCUACUUGGUGUACAGCGAGAACGUUGAAAGUUGCCAAUUUUUCCGUAUCCGUGAAAGCACCUAAUUUGGACGCGGAGUUAUGACGUCAACGAAAGCUCCCAGUCGCUACGGAAAUAGUAAUAGUUCUUCCCGGCCGCACACGGAAGUUUAUUUUUUUUAAAUUGAAGAAACAGCUGCAAUGUCGGUGAAUUAUGCGGCCGGGCUCUCACCGUAUGCAGACAAGGGUGUGUGCGGACUUCCAGAGGCAUUUGAUAGCCCUGAAGAGCUUAAAGCAAAGGUGACGGCGCUUGCUCAACUGGUAAGAGAGUCCAGGUACAUGGUCGUGCAUUCUGGAGCAGGAAUCAGCACGUCAGCUGGCAUCCCUGACUUCAGGGGGCCCAAGGGUGUGUGGACCUUGGAGGAAAAGGGAGAGACGCCUCACUUUGAGACAACUUUUGAAGAGGCCCGACCCAGCCUUACUCACAUGGCCCUGCUGGGACUCCAGCGGGCCGGAUACCUCAAGUAUCUCAUCAGCCAAAAUGUGGACGGCCUGCACGUGCGAUCCGGCUUUCCAAGGGAUUUGUUGUCGGAGCUUCAUGGAAACAUGUUUGUGGAGGAGUGCGAGAAGUGUUGCAGGCAGUUUGUCAGGGAAAAGGUGAUUGGCGUGAUGGGCCUCAAGCCAACAGGACGUUACUGCGAUGUGGUGCGCUCCAGAGGACUCCGAGCCUGCAGAGGGAAGUUGAUCAGCACUAUACUGGACUGGGAGGAUGCGCUUCCUGACAGAGAUCUGAACAAAGCAGACAACGCAAGCAGACAAGCCGACCUGGCACUGACGCUGGGCACCUCCAUGCAGAUCAAACCCAGCGGAGACCUUCCACUCGUCACCAAGCGCAAAGGCGGCAAAAUGGUUAUUGUCAACCUGCAGCCCACGAAGCACGACAAGCAUGCCCACUUGCGGAUCAAUGGCUACGUGGAUGAUGUCAUGAAGCAGCUCAUGGAGCACCUGGGGUUGGACAUCCCAAAGUGGGAAGGGCCGACCGUGUGCGAGAGUUCCGCCGCUGCGCCCGAGGAUGACGCCGACACGAAGCCCACGCACGCUCUCAGUGUGGAUGUCAAGGUCAAAGGUGAACUCGUUAAGAAGGAGAAGAAACGAGCAGCGGAUGGCGACGCCAUCAAAGAACAGACUCUCAAAGUCAAGAAGGAGAGGAAAGAUCCUCCACUAGGGAUCAAAGAUGACAAAUAGCCUCAGGUACGACCCUCAUCGAAAAUGACUCCUGACAAUUUUUUUUACCAGUUGUAAGUCACGUUAAUAGUGGAUUUUAUGGGCGAAUUUUUGUAUAAUUUUGCAAAAACCUGGAAUUUUGCCUGGGGGAGUAUGCAGACUUUUUCACUCCGCUGUACUAGAGGAUCUCUCGUUGCGCUCUCUCUCUCGUCAUGUGCCGUGAAACCACACCGGGAUGAAGAAAAC